AUGGCGCAAGAAUCUAGCUUCCCCUCGUCCCAGCAGCCUCGCGAACCCUACUUUGUCAACCCUUCUGGCAACAAGUACAACGUAUUUGCACAAGUAGAAUUGCAAAAUCGUCCGAAACUUGUCCGCUCGCUGCGCAACCAUGGAGCAAACAUUACAUCCCAAGCAAAGGAUGCAGACAUAAUCCUUGUCGACUCCAACACAGUACCCGGUAAACUGUUCAUUCGGGCAUGGUCCUCAGUCCCGCAUAAGAAGGUCCUCGAGUACGUUUGGGCUCGAAAAUGCCAGGAAGCAGGCAGAGCCCUCCUAGAAGCGGAUUCGUGGGGUGGAUGUGAAACAGUUGAUGACGGAGAGCCUAUACCGAGCGAGGAAGACGACGCAAUGGACGAAGUUGUCUCAAAUCCUCAGCCUACUCCAAGAGAGACUCCUUCAGAGUCCUCAUCCACUCUUAAUACGAACCCCGGCCAGAUUCCACAACCUCAAAUGCACAGUCUAAAUGGGGGCAGGCCUUACCCAAGCAAUGGAACUAUGGCACAACCUGCUGCUCAACAGCAACAGCAACAACAUCAGCAGCCUUAUCCCGCAUCCAUGUUUCCUACCAUGAACUCAAUCAAUCCUCUACAGUUUGCCGCCCAACAGGGCUUACCACCAGGAGCUCUACCGCAACUCAGUGGCUUUCCUAUGAUUCCAGACUCUAUGCUGAUGACAUUCCUCGAUGUUGUCCGGCUUGCCAACGGUGCUGCGUACUCAAAUAAUCAAAUACCCAACCCCAUGGCGUACAACAACCUAGCGCAACCAACUUCAGCUGCUAUUUCUCAUGGUUAUAUGGCCCAGCCUGUUAUCAAAACUGAGUCUCCUCCUAGUAGUGGUAACCACCACAAGAGUACCAAAUCACGCAAACGCAAACUGGAAUCUGAGUCAGAGCCCUCAUCGCCAGAGAUGCUGGCUUCAUCCUUUCGAAGAAAGUUGUCUUCUGCGUCCCAACGUGAAGAUUCGCAUCCAACGGCCUCUGCACGCAAAGGGAAAGUGAAGGCAGGGCCUAGUCGACCUCAAAAGAUGAAGAAAUCCAUUGCACAUAAUACUGAGUCGGACUCAGAGACAUCAUCUUCGUCGGCAUGUCCUUCCCGAGCCUCCGUUCCCCAUAAGAAUCCUGGCCAUGUUUUCUUGUCUGAAUCUGGGUCACCUUUCAGGUUCUUUGUUCAGGUAGAUCUUCAUAUGAGAAUCAACAUAGUGACAGCCAUAAAGAGGAACAAUGGUAAAAUUGUAAACAACGUCAGCGAGGCUGACUACGUAAUUUUGUAUCCAAGGUCGAAGACCUUCCAAGGAUUGCUAGCCGAAACCUUGGAAACAAACAAGCUUCCGCUAUCAGCUUCAUUCGUCAAUGACUGCGUCAAGGAAAGCGUUCUUCUGGAUGAGACAAAUUAUGUUUUGGAGGGUUUUGAACCUCCAUCGCGGAAGCCAUCUUCCUCUAUCCGCAAAUCAACCACACAGAACAAGACUACGGAAAAGCAAGCAGUCAAAGCGACACCUGUGAAGACAGAACCGAUUAAGACAGUUGUUGGGAAGGCUUCCGCAGGAAAGCCCGGUGCAACCAAGGCUUCUCCGGUGAAACUGGUCAAAUUACCCCCAGUGGUAAAGAAGGCCAAUACUGGUGAAAGCAAACUCAAACUAAAGAUCAAGCUGUCCAAGCGGAUGCAGCCAGCGGCGCCUGCCACUACAAGAACACCGUCCCCAACUCCUCCACCCUCAGAGACUCGAACACUCUGGUCAAAUGGCAGAUACCUAUUUACGGACGUGGAACGCGACUAUUUUGUCCGCUAUGCCCAAGUUUUGAUAGAGAGGGACCCGGAUAUAACCAACUCAGCUAUUGGGGUCAAGAUGCAUGAGAAGAUGCCCCACCAUCCUCUUUUGUCAUGGCAUAGUUAUAUCACCCAACAAUUCAGAUCUCAGCUGGAAAACAUCCGCAAAAAAGCGGCAAUUGCUCGGCGAAAACGGGAGUCCUCCUCACUCCAAGGUAGUCGUGAUAACACCCAGGCACCUCAGGAGAGCUUGGGGUCAGUUCCAUCCAAGAAGGCUCAGCAGGAAUUAAUAAAUGGGGCGUUAGUCCACGAAGAUCUGGAGGUCAUAUGCAAGUUCUUUGCCACUGGAGGAGGAGAUGAUGAUGAUGACGAACAAGUGUGGGCAAACUUAGCUAAAUUCAAACCUUGCAAGUCAGCCCCAUCGUGGCCAGAGUUCUAUGAACCUCGGUCUAAUGAAAUCAUGACGCGCAUUGAGCGAACGAUCCAAGAGCAGCAGAAGUAG